AUGACCGACAAGCGCGUAGACCCAGCGACAGGAUCAGCAGUCACGUACACAGAGCUGGUGGCCACAUACAAGAAGCAGUACAAGAGGCGAGAGAUCGAGGAUUAUUGGGAGACUUGCAAGCCAGCAAAGUCGAAGAAGUCGAAGGCCGCGGCACCUACAAAGGAGUCGAAGCCCUCGAAGGCUGCCAAGCCAGAGCCUAAGGCCAAGGCCAAGGCGAAGGCAAAGGCAGCGGCCAAGGAUGGCAAGAAGGAGGAAAAGCCGAAGCCCAAACCCAAGGCUGCCCCCAAGCCAGAGACGAAGAUGGAUGACAAGGUGCGCACGGGCAAGGAUGGAGGUGCUUCCGCUUUGGCCAAGUUGCGUUCUUUUAGUGGGUGCGUUUUGGCUGAGUAUGUUUGGUUAGAUGCCGAUGGCGUGACACGGUCAAAGACCAUGACCAUGACCGCCAGGCCUUUGAAUACGACCGACCUGAAGGUGUGGAACUACGAUGGCAGCAGCACAGGCCAGGCAGACGGCCACAAUUCGGAGGUGCUUUUGAAGCCACGGGCGAUUUUCAAUGACCCCUUCCGUGGCUACCCUCACGUCAUGGUCCUUGCUGAUGCCUGGAAUGCAUGGGAUGACCAGCCUGCCAAGAACAACACACGCGCCAAGUGUGCCGAGACUAUGAACAUGUACCGUUCCUUGGACCCUUGGUUCGGCAUUGAGCAGGAGUACACCCUGAUGAAGCCUGGCAAGGUUGGUGUGAAGCCCUCCGUUCCCUUGGGCUUCAACCAGGAUGGCAGUGAGCCAGCGCCGCAGGGACCAUACUACACCGGCGCUGGCUACAACGUCGCGAUUGGACGACCAGUUGCCGAUGAGCAUUACAAGUUGUGUGUGGAGGCUGGGGUGAAGAUUUCAGGUAUCAACGCAGAGGUGAUGCCUGGACAGUGGGAGUUCCAGAUCGGCCCAUGCCGCGGCAUUGAGAUGGGUGACCAUCUGACCAUGGCUCGCUACAUCAUGUUGCGAGUGACGGAGAAACAUGAAUGCGUUUGCUCUUUUGAUCCCAAACCUGCGGAGGGUGACUGGAACGGCGCUGGAUGCCACACCAACUUCUCUGUGACUCCUAUGCGUGUGGCUGGUGGCUAUGACACCAUCAUCAAGGUUUGCGAAGCCUUCGGCAAGGUUGCAAAGGAGCACAUUGCAGAGUACGGCGAGGGCAACGACAAGCGCCUCACUGGCAAGCACGAGACCUGUGACAUCAACACCUUCAAGUACGGUGUGGCCAAUCGCGGCGCAUCCAUCCGCAUCCCUCGCGAUGCUGAGAAGAGCGGCCGUGGCUACAUGGAGGACCGCCGCCCAGCGGCCAACUGCGACCCAUACCGAGUGACUCAGAUCAUCAUGAAGACCACUGGCGAGUGCCUGAGCGCAGAGACCAUUGAGGCUGGUGGUAAGACGCACACCGCCUUCGUGUUCAUCAAACCCCAUGCGAACAAUGAGAAGGUGCAGGCUUUGGUCAAGGAGAAGUUGACGUCCGAAGGACUGACUGUGAAGGCGGAGGGUCAGAUCAAGUCCAACGUCAUCGACAAGAAGAAACUGAUCGACACCCACUACGGUGCCAUUGCUGCGAAGGCAGUUUUGAUGAAGCCCAAGGAUCUCAUUGUGCAGGAGAAGUCCCAGGAGGAAUUCGAGAAGAUGUUCGGAGUGAAGUGGAGCAAGGUCAUGGAGGAUGGCCUGGUCUUCAACGCCAUGGAUGGAGCCAAGAAGUUGGGCAUCUCUCCUGAUGAGCUCGGCAAGAAGUACGAUGCAUUGAAGAAGGGCGAGACCAUCAUCAAGUUCGGUGGUGGCUUCUACUGCGGAAAGGUGGAUGAUAUCUAUGUCAUCAACGGCUUCUACAUGAACAUGCGCUCCAAGUUCACUGCGCCUGGCACAAGCAUCCACUACUACGAGGUGGAGUGGCCUGCUGAGAAGAUGUCCUGGGCCGACUUCCGCGGAAAGCUUCUGGGCCCCACGGACCCAGCUGCCGCUCCAGCGGGAUCCCUCCGUGAGCAGAUCUACAGCAAGUGGGAGGACCUGGGCUUGAAGGCCCAGCCAGACACUGGUGACAACGGCGUGCACGCCUCUGCCAGCCCCUUUGAAGCCCUGGCGGAACGCAGCAACUGGCUCCGGGCGUCCAUCUCCAAGGAUCCCUUCGGCAAGGCUUUGUUGGCGAGUGGCAUCCCCUUGCCCUUGCUGACCAAGGAGUGGUUCAGCGAUCCUUCCGUGGAGUUUGAGGGUGGGAAGAAGUCCCUUUUCGAUCUCCUGGAGGACCUGGAUGCCGCUGCGUGCGUGAAGAAAUGUAAGGAUAUUGCCUUGGCGAAUAAGUGA